UGGAAUAGGAGUGUUGUAAGUAACCUGGCGGUCGCUCUAGAUACGGAUCCCAUCCGCCUUCUUAUACCCGCUAGAAGGUGAAGCAGUCACAGCCUGCCAGUAAAGUUGGCACACUGAACGCAAAGGGUCGGCGAUGCCUCUGGAUGUCGUCUUCGAACGCGUUCCGAUUCACUCCUCAAUUCGCCGCCGGUCAACUGAAUGCAUCAUCUUCGGGCGCGGGCGGUGCGACGAAACAACCACCAAUGGCGAUGGCCAUCAAGGCGCUUUCCGACUUGCGGCCAUUGACGCUCUGUUCAUGAACAUCGGAUUCCAAAGGUGUGUAUCUAGCUUGCUGAGACGUGCUUGGGAGUCGCGUAACUUGGCGACCAAACUCCCUGGAUAGGCUCCAGAUCGUCUAUCCUAGCUUGGCCCGCGGGAACUGUAUCAUCGAUUUUAUUUUGUUCGUGGUUCGUAACUGCGGGAGGAUCCGAUGCCUGAGAGGGGUUAUUGCACCGCCGUUGCAGUGAUAGCCAGAACCGAGACGGAACAGGUAUAACUGCUUCCCCGAUGUUACGACAUCCUCUCGUUGAUGGAACUAUGUCUUCCGUUGUGUCGAACCUUAUAACACAGGCUCUGGAUACGAGAAAAUGUCUCCGAUGUCGAUAUAUAGCAAAGAACCUGAUGCCGAUAUCAAAACAGUUCCGUGGCGUUGGCUCGGCAAAUGCUGGCUAGCACACCGAGAAACCCGUAGCAUUCUGGAUCAUUGAGACGACGCCAUGCC